AUGUCUAAGUUAAACCCUAAUAUCUCUAAAAAAGAACAAAAUAAAUCUGUCCAUCCUUGGGAGAAAGAUAUCAAAGAAGCUUAUUUAGCAACCUAUAAAUAUGGCCACAACACUGCAAGAAAUCCCAUUAUUUACCCUCCGCCCAAAGUUCCUCACGAGGUCGACAAAGUUCCUGAUAAAAAUCGGGUGAAAUUUACUGUGAUUGGUAACCGAGUCACGAAAGAAUUUAUUUACUGUAUGAAACUAGUGAAAGGACUGCAUAAAUACCGAUCGAAAAACUUCGACGUUCCAGACAUACGAGCUGUAACAAGCGUGGAAUGGCCAAAAGUAUGGAAUGAUUUGAAGAUCCAGUUCGGUGGUACAGCAUACUGCUUGAAAUCUCAAGUCGCGGUCUUAAUGAAUGGGCAAUUCCUCGGUGGAGACAAGGAUUUAAAAGAAUUUAUUGAGUCAAAAUAUGUUUUCUAUUUAAAACCUGAUUAUUAUAGCGAAGCUGUUAAAUUAUUCUGCGAUUUUGUGACAUCAUCGGGACUAUACAGCGACAUAGUCCCUAGAACUUGCGAAAAUUUCCUUCGGUUGUGUAAAGAAAAAAAGGCCGGUUAUUCGGGUACACCGGUACAUCGUAUAGUAAAAGAUAGUUGGAUCCAAUGCGGCGGAUUUGGACUCAAAGAUUCGGGGCUUGACUGUGAAAACUUUAUUGUGCCUCAUGAUCAACGAGGAGUUCUGGGCAUGGCAAAUGAUGGCAGACACGUCGAUUGCUCCACACAAUUUUUCGUUUUAUUGCAACCGCAGCCGUGGAUGGCCUUCAAAUAUGUCGCAUUUGGCCAACUCAUCAGCGGCGAGGAAACUCUUAAACGCAUAGAAGAAGUUCCUACUUGGUACGAAUCCCCGUCAAAGAAGAUUGUAUUUUACAAUACUGGUAUUUUAAAUUUGGAUUGCCAAGAUAUAGCGAUUAAUAAAAAUACAACUAAAUAUCUAGAGGGGCACAUUGAAAAUCUUUACGAAUUAGGAGAGUUGUUUUAUGAGGCAAUAUUAGAGAAAGUAUUUCAGCAAGUCGAAUCCAAAAGUGCACCCAUUGAAGACGUGUCUACUGUUAGUCAUGGAGACACUGCAGCCGAUUUACGAGCAACACGAAGAUUUAUACGCAAUAAAGAAGAAAUAACAACACAACUAGAAAGAACUCGCGAUGAACGUAGCCCUUCAGUCCAGUCCAGUGAAAAUAACUUCGACGCUGACAACUUUGAAUACGAUCCAGAAGAAUAUUCUUAUAAACAAGCGUCUAAGUUGUUAAGUAGUAGCGAAAAGGUUAAACCAGACCAGCCUUACUACCUACCUUUUACAGAUGUACCGUACAUUGGAGAUGUGGACUCCGAUUUUAAUCUCAGAAGGUCGAAUGCCGACCGCUUCAGUUUUGCAGGCAGCGUUAUAAAAGCGGUGGCUAAGAAGGGAAAAUUUAAUUUAUUCGAACUACAGAAACAGUCGGAUACAAUCACCGACGAGAUCCUACGGAAGUAUAAAAAAGUAUCCAUCGGUCUACCAUUUAGUGCUUUUGGCCAUCAUAAAGAAAUAAAAAGACGGAAUACUGGAUUUGUACGUCCGGCUGAUAUGGCUAAACUAAUCAAAUCCCACAGUGAUGUAUCUGAAGAAGAAGAUGAGGAGGAUGACCUCGAUGAUUAUCUUCCAUACACUAGACAAAUGCGUAUCAUCCAGGCUACUAAGUCGGCGGACGCAGACACUAAGGCUAAAACAAAAGAAAAGCUUUUAAAAGAACGCCAAACUGAUUUAGAUCGCAAGGAUGACUUGGACAAAUUGCAUAUUGAUCAUAAAAAGGAUGACGCUGUGGAAGGGGAUGGUGCUCAAGAUGAAGAUGUCAAGGAAAGUCGGAGUAAAGCUCGAUUCUCGCAAAAUGAAGAUAUAGGGGACCGCCCGCAACGACCUUCUCUAAUCGAGCGUAUCCUAGAGGCUAGCACGACAUCUAACGAUCUGGGCCCGCCUCCAACUUUGAAGGAGUAUAAACCUUUCUUCGAAACUCAAAUUAAAAAGAACAAUUCACUAUUCCUCACACAUACCUCGCCGAGCAGACAAUUACUGACGAAUGAUGAAUCACGUGAAAAUUAUUUGAAGCGGCACUCUCUAUCUAUAGACAUUCCCCAGAAAUCCAUAGAUCAGGUACUUUUACUACAACACGGGCAGAAGGUGUACCGCAAAAUAUCUUCGGACUAUGUUAGAACUAUAGACAACAUUGAACAAAAGCAAGAGAACUCUUUAAGAAGUUUGGAGUAUGCCAGACAGCGGCCUGCGAUAUCAGUUAAAGAUUAUCAGAAAAUGAACCAAGAAUAUCACGCUAAAGCAAAAGAAGAUGCCAGUAGAGCCGCCAUCGAUAAGUCAGAUGAAGCCAAAAUUAUAAGUGCGCUCCAAAGUGGAACUUCUCGACAAACAUCGCAGUUUGAAUCUGGUCUGAGACUUCCAGGGGACACACCUCUUUUCCAAUCUUUGACAGAGGUAACAUAUUUAUUUAGGACAAACGAGGUAACACGGCAGGCAAUAACGUAG